GAUUCCAGAAAACCUCCUAUCUUGGGAUGGCAUUUGAAUUUUGGCUUCAAAAUGAUAUCAGCCUUGAAUAUAUUGUAGGUGUAGUGCAUGGAUACUCAUGGGAAAUUAAAGGCAAACAUCCUGAGACACUGUCUCCCUCUAAGUUCCUGUAGAGAAUCAGUAAAUAAACUUUCUAUGAUGCAAUCUGAUAAAUGUUUUUAGCAGUGUUCCAAUGUCUCAGGGCCUGCCACAAAGAAGAGGGAGUCAAGCUAUUCUCCAAAACAGCUGAAGGCAGGACAAGAAGCAAAGGAUGGAAACUCAUCAAAGAGAGAAGCAACCAGGAAUUAUAGAAAGUAUUUCUCAGCAAGACUACCAUUUCACCCUCAACAUACGAUGUAUUAUUUUCUAUGAUCUCUUCAAAACACUGUCUUUCUAAAUGGAUGGAGAAAUGGAAUGAAAACAUUUGUAGAAGACAAGGCAGGUAAUGAAGGAAGAACAAGUCAAGAUAUGGGUGGAGAGCUUUUUAGGCACCUGAUAUGUAGAAGGAGGAAGCUCAGUGUGGUGACCUAGUAGUGAAGACACUCACUUCCCACUCGGAAGGUUGAGAGUUCAAUCCUAAGUAGUGGCAGAUGUUGCUCUCCUAGGAUAUAAAGAAACUGCAAACUCUGUGAGCUGAAAUCCACAAAAACUUACAAGUUAUCAGCUGACAAGCUCAGCAUCUUAACCCUGAGCCACCACACCACCACUCCCUCUUGUAACACAAGGAAACAUGAACUUGACCAACUGUACGAGAGCGGUAGAGUUUAUCCUGGUUGGACUGCCAAGUGUAGAGCGAAUGGAAAGUGUGAUGCAUACAGGGAUCUUUCUGCUCUACCUUCUCUGUCUGAUGGGCAAUGGGCUCAUCAUUGUCAUGGUAAUUUGGGACCCCCAUCUCCAGAAGCCCAUGUAUUUCUUCCUUAGCAACCUGUCUUGCAUUGACAUUGGACACACCACAGCCUUUAUUCCUAAAUUGCUGGUCAACUAUCUCUCUGCAAACAAUUCCAUCUGCUUCUACUGCUGUAUAACACAGCUGUUCUUUUACUUCUUCUUUGGCAUUACAGAAUUUUUCAUCAUCACUUUGAUAUCUUUGGACAGAUUCUUAGCCAUUUGCUAUCCUUUGAGAUACGCCACCAUCAUGACUUCUGGGCUUUGCUUUAAGCUAUCGAUGACCGCCUGGUUUGUGGUUCUUGUCUAUAUGAUUUGUCAAGUAAUAAUGAUAGCUAACCUACCCUAUUGCACAUUCAACAUUAUCAAUCAUUUCUUUUGUGAUGUUGGACCUGUAUUAAAGAUUGCAGGAGGAGAUACACAUCUAAUUGAAGCCCUGGGUUUCCUUAUUACUGUAGUUGUGGUGAUGUCCUCCCUGCUUUUCACCCUCAUUUCUUACCUCUUCAUCAUCUUCACCAUUCUCCGAAUGUCUUCAACAACCAGACAGCAGAGGGCCUUUUCCACCUGUGCUUCCCACCUGGUUGUGGUCUGCAUUUUGUACGGGUCAGUCUUUUUUGUCUAUUUAAGGCCUACUAUCAAGAAUUCUUCCUUUGGUGUAAUCCGGUCUGUUUCUGUGGUACAUACUACCGUUGCUCCAGUGCUCAAUCCGUUUGUUUAUACUAUUAGGAACAAUGAAGUGAAAGAAGCCAUUUGGAAAGCAUUAAGAAAAAAGACUCCAGCUUUCCCUAAAAUCUAACCCCAGACUUGUUAGGAGGAGCAAUCCCAAUUCUUCAAGAUGAGGAGUGGGUGAACUAUCCAUCAGCAAUAGUGCACCAUAACUUUACUCAAGGUAAGAUUGAAGCAGCAACAGGUCAACAUCCAUACUCCAGUAUUUGAAACUAUGGUGAUGGUAGAAUCCAUGGCUUCAAUCCAAGUUGAAUCCCAGGAAGAAUUUAUAAUGGAAAGAUAGAUUUUGAAUGUUCUUCAAUCAUGACAAAUCAGAUGUCAGUUUUCUUGUGAAUCUGUACCAACAAUAAUAGUGAUCUGCUCUCUGGAUUGCUUUGUUGUUAACUUUGACUUGGGAAUCAGUUUGCAGCACUUUGGAUUUCCUGGUGCAGUUUAUUGAAGGGAGACCAUUGGAAUUAACAAUAGAAUCCUUUAUUGUUCAAUUGUGAAAAGACACAUAAAGAAUUUGUCUGCUGUGCAUAAGCUCUCAGCAUACAUACAAGCAACAAGUGAUAAAACAUGGUCAUAAUCAUAAAACACAAUCAUCAUAAAUCAUAAGAUUCAAACUCAAUGAUAGUCAUAGGAUACUAAAUAAGCAAACAACAUAAAUCAUAAUAGGAUACUAAAUAAAGACAAUCAAGAUAAAUCAGGAAAUACAAGCAACCAAGUUAUAGUCAUAAGAAGCUAAGGAAAUAGGUAAUAGGAAAAAUGAAGAAAUGAGAAGGAUAAUAGGCAAUACAGCCAUCCUAGUUGGUUUGACAUCCUAGGGCAUUAGACAGUGUUGUGGGACUUAGUUGUUUAGCAGAGUUAUAGCAUGGGGUCAUAUCUUGUGUCUGAUUGUUUUGGCAUGCAAUAGCAUCAUCUUGAGGAAAGAAGUUGAAACAGUUUAUGUUCAAGAUGUGAGGCUCUGUGGAUAUUUUCACAGCCCUCUUACUGCAGUAUGCAGGUCCUCAAUGGAAGGCAGACAUGUUGCAAUUAUUGUUUCUGCAAUCUUAACUAUCUGUUGAAGUCUGUAUCUAUCUAGUUGGUUGCUGUGCCAAACCAUCCAGCUGUAGAGGUGCAAAUGACAGACUCCAUAUUUCCCCUGUAGAACUGUAUCAACAGCUCCUUGAUUCACGAUGUUGUAAGGAGAAACCAUGAUACUGGAAAAAUGCAAGAGAUAGGUCUUGGUGCUGUCCAUGGUUCAGAAUAUCUUUCAGAUAGUGCUCUGGAAUUAAAAGAUUAUGACCUGGCAUAAAAAACUGACUUUCUAAGGCUUUUGGUGUUCUUCAUCUUUGUUUACCAACCCUUCUUCCAUUCACAUCAGAUGUACUACAACUUUCUUCCUUAUCUUUCCUGGUAAGAAAGACAAAGCUUCAAAUUCUGUUCAAUUUUGGAGGUGUUACGCAAGAAAGUAUCAUUUCUUAGAAAUGGAUGACAGAAUUUGACAACUACCAAAAUUCUACAGUUUUUCUGAGUGGAGAUAAUUAGGGGCUCCUAAGCAACUGGGAAUCUUGUUCAGAUAGAUGCCUUAUUUUUUUUUUCCAAGAGAGAAUAAUUUUUGUUCCCAGAUUAACAUUUAUGUUAAUUAUAUUACAGAAUACCAGCAUAUGAUAAUGGAGACUCCUGGGAUAGUUGAAUUAACUGGAAAGCUUUGGAUCAUUUUUCCUAUAAACUGAUUUUUUUUAAUAAAAAAAAAUAUUUUCCAUUUAUCCAACAAAGUUAUACAACAAAAUGCACUUUACAAAAUAAAAUAAAUUCAUAAUCAUAACCAUAACCAUAAUCAUAGAUGCUGCUUGCUCCUUCCCCCCAAGCUGUAUCCACCCUCCCUAAUACUUUUGUUACUUCCCUCCUCUUUCUCUCCUCCCCUCCCUACUCUCUUCCCCUCCCCUUCUCCUCUUACCAUCCUACUUCCUCCCUUCACCUUCCUCUCCUCUCAUCCCUUGAGACAGAUAGAUGCCUUAUUGAGGUGGCCUUUUUAAAAACCCUUUCUCUUCUGUGGAUUGUAUUAUUGCUUUUAUGAUGUUUAUUAAUAACUUUUUAUAUUGUACUUUUUUUUGCUUUUAUUUAUUGUUCAUGUUGUUUCCUGUUUGCCACCGAGAAUUGCUUUUGGUGAGAUGGCUGUAUAAAUUUGCUUAAUAAAAUAACUAACUAAAUAAA